CUUGGUUAUCUGUGUCAGUCGUCAUUUAGUCAACAAAGCUGAAGGCUGAAAUUGACUCUCCAUUUGGUCCCGUAAGGUCAGAGCGGGUGCAUUUAGAAAUUAGAAGAGGUAAUCCUAGUCAUUGGCCCUGUUGAAGAAUUAGAAUCUUGAGGCAUGGACUCUGAGAUGGUAGUGCAUGAAGGUGGGUGCCAUUGCAAGAAAGUAAGAUGGCGAGUGCAAGCGCCUACCGGGGUUGUGGCGUGGAGUUGCAACUGUUCGAAUUGCUCUAUGAGGGGCAACACUCAUUUUAUUGUCCCUGCUGACAGAUUUGAGCUUUUGGGUGAUUCUGAACAGUUUCUUACUACUUACAGCUUCGGUACUCAUACAGCAAAGCAUAAGUUUUGUAAGGUUUGUGGGAUAACUUCAUUUUAUUAUCCACGCUCCAACCCCGAUGGCGUUUCCAUCACAUUUACGUGUGUUGAUCCUGGAACACUAACCCAUAUUGAGGUUAAGUAUUAUGAUGGGAACAAUUGGGAAACCUCACACAAUCAAACAGGAAUUGCUUCUCAGUCGAAGGGUUGAAGAAAUGAUUCAUGUUGGAGAUAUCAAAUAAGCAUUAGCAACAAAUAGAAACAACUUUUGUAGUGUGGAAGUUGAUGUUCGUCAUUGUGUUGCUUGCUCCUAGGAGUUAAUCAAGGGCAUCGUGUAUCUACUGCUUUUCCAAUCAUGUAUCUGGAACCAUGACUUGUGUGUAA